AUGGCGUCACCGACUUCGACGAAUGCUGCCGUAGAGGCGACACGUCUCCAGGAGCUCAACGCAGAUGUUCGUAACCAAGAUGAUCUCGAGCGAGAUAUCACUCGACAGGCUGAUAAAUUUCUUGCCGAAAAAGCCGAGGAAAACGACACCAAGCGGCUAGAAAAGGCAUUGGGGGACAAAGCCAAGGUCGAUCGUCAGAUCCAACAGGCCAAGGACCGUCUGGGCAAGAGUGUCGGACCAGUCGCACGAACUCGGAUCGAGAAUGAGCUUCGGAACCUGGAAGCCCGCCGCACUGGACUGGUCCAAGAUGUCACAGAGAUCCAGAAGCGCAUAGAUGAUCGCCGCGAGGCUCAAGAAAAGGCCGACGAGACCCAUGGCUCGGGUCGCUUGCCAAACGAGUCCCGACGGGACUAUCUUCUCCGAACAGGAAAGAUUACACCUUUUGAGCUGAUGAGUCAGUCCGGCACAAAUGGAGCUCUGUCGACUCUACAAGACGCCCUGGUAGAUACUGAAGAUCAGCAACAAGAGGCGGAAGAGCGGAAAAAAGCACACCAGGAGCCCCAGGCCUCCCACCGGAACCUGCUUCGCCCGGAAUUCGACUUUGAUGAUCUCAGCGAGAGCUCAGAUCAUCGUAGCACCAAGCGACGAAAGCUGGAAAGCCCGCCCACUGCAAAAAAAGGGUCGAAGCCCUCGAAGGCUGCCCGACGCGGCUCACCUGAGGCCGAUUCGGAGGCCAGUUACGUCGCUUCCGAGGACAGUGCAUUGUCUGACGACGAUGAGUUUAUGCCAGAUACUACUCCCGAGCCCGGCUUACAAAAGCGCAAGAAGGGUAAAGCUGAUGCCGUCCUUGAGGAUAUGAGUGGCGUAGAUGACGGCAACGAGGAAGUCUAUCAAGAUCGCCUCCAGAAAUGGAUCAGCCGACGCAGUGCUGCUCGUAACCGCACCCUAGGGUCUUCGGUGGAGGGCGAGAAGGAAGAGGAUGUGAAGGAGGAGUGGCUGAAGCCCCACCCAUCAGAGCCAGACCUUGACCUUCACAACGGUCUCCAUGUCCCAGGCGACAUUGGGAAAUUCCUCUUUCCCUAUCAGCGCACCGGAGUUCAAUGGCUCUGGGAACUCCACCAGCAAUCUGUAGGAGGAAUUAUCGGCGAUGAGAUGGGACUUGGAAAGACAAUCCAGGCAAUCGCCUAUCUGGCAUCGUUGCAUUACAGCAACAUGUACACGAAACCUGCGAUCAUUGUCUGCCCUGCGACGCUGAUGAAGCAAUGGGUCAAUGAAUUCCAUCGUUGGUGGCCCCCAUUCCGGGUCUCGAUUCUCCAUUCAUCCGGCAGUGGUAUGAUGAACUUGGGCCGUGAGAGUAGCCGUGAGGCCGCAUUGGCAUCCGAGCUGAUGGGCAGCAUACCUUCUCGGCAUCUAUCAGCUGGUCAGAAGGCGGCCAAGAAGAUCAUCAAGCGAGUCAUGGAGGAAGGACACGUUCUCGUGACUACGUAUUCCGGUCUCCAGUCCUACGCUGAUGCUCUUGUUGAUGUCGAAUGGGGCUGCGCUAUUCUCGAUGAAGGUCACAAAAUUCGUAAUCCUGACGCCGGUAUUACCUUCAGCUGCAAAGAAUUGCGCACGCCUCAUCGCAUAAUUCUGUCCGGGACUCCGAUGCAAAACAGCCUAGUCGAUCUGUGGUCACUCUUUGACUUUGUCUUUCCCAUGCGCCUCGGCACGCUGGUGACUUUCAAGAACCAGUUUGAAAUUCCCAUCCGGCAGGGAGGGUACGCAUCCGCCACCAACCUCCAAGUGCAGACGGCUGCGAAGUGUGCAGCUACCCUGAAGGAUGCCAUCAGUCCGUACCUUCUUCAGCGGUACAAGGCGGAUGUCACAUCAGAUCUACCACAGAAGACUGAACAAGUCAUCUUUUGUAAGCUGACUCAGGAGCAACGGAACGUCUAUAAACGGUUCCUGGGGUCGGAUGAUAUGAGCUCCAUCAUCCGAGGUAAAAGAAAUUCUCUCUUCGGAAUCGACAUUCUCCGAAAGAUUUGCAAUCAUCCAGACUUGGUGAAUCGUCAGAUCCGAACGCAUGACUCCGACUUUGGCAACAGCGACCGCUCGGGCAAGAUGAAGGUUCUGAAGGGUCUGCUGGAGGUCUGGAAGGAUACUGGGCACAAGACGCUGCUGUUCGCUCAGACUCGACAGAUGCUGGACAUCAUUGAAAAAUUCAUUUGGUCGCUUGGCGGUUUCAAUUUUCGUCGCAUGGAUGGUAAUACUCCGAUCAAAGAUCGGCAGACCAUGGUGGAUGAAUUCAACAAGGACCCGGACUUACAUGUUUUCCUUCUGACCACUCGCGUGGGAGGCAUUGGGGUAAACUUGACCGGAGCCGAUCGAGUCAUCAUCUAUGAUCCGGACUGGAAUCCUUCCACAGAUAUGCAGGCACGCGAGCGAGCGUGGCGACUGGGACAGAAACGUGACGUGACGAUCUUCCGCCUCAUGACCAAGGGUACCAUCGAGGAAAAAAUCUAUCACCGGCAGAUUUUCAAGCAAUUCUUGACCAACAAGAUCACUCGUGACCCCCAGCAGCGGGAAAGCUUCCAAGCGAGUGACCUGUAUGAUCUCUUCUCUUUGACGGAGGAGAAUGAUAACGAGCUCGAAACCACGAAGCUCUUCAAGAAUGCGGACGUUACUUAUCAGGAACAAGCCAAGGCCAAUCCCGGUAAUCAACGUCGUGGUGCGGUGAAUCGACAGAAGGCCCAACCAGUUCAAGCUGAUGAAGAAGAUAUCAGCGCCGUUCAAGGGGUCGCCAAUGUCGAGCAAUUCCGUAACGAGGCAGAGGAUGAGAAAUCUUCCAAGACCGCAGAAGACCGGAUCAUGCAUGGCAUCUUCGCUCGCUCCGGCGUUCAUGCUGCGCUUGAACAUGAUCAGAUUAUUAACGGCAAGCGCAAUGUCCGGGCCGACCCGAAACUGAUCGAAGAAGAGGCACGCCGCGUCGCCGCCGAAGCCGCUCGUGAGCUACGCCGUGCAGAAGAGGUCGCUCGCAACACACCCAUCGGUCUGCCUACUUGGACGGGCUCUUUUGGCGUAGGUGGCCGCGUGGAUACCGCUGGCAACGGUGGCUCGUCAUCAAGACCGGCCGCUCGGGGUCCAUCCUCCUCAUCCCUUCUCGCCAACCUCAACCCCAACGCCUCUUCAAUCAUGUCCCCAAACUCGACACCUCCAGGAUCGGUCACACCAAGUCGAAUGCCCCGGGGGAAAGACUUCCUGCCGCUUAUUCGGGAUUUCUUGCUCUCUCGCCGAGGGCCUGUGUUCACGCAAGUGAUUGUUGAUCAAUUCAAUCAUUACUGCACCACCCCUCAGCGAGUAGCUGAAUUUCAAGAGAUGCUUAAGACUGUGGCUAGCUUGGAUCGAGACCGAGGUGGUCGGGGUCGAUGGACUUUGAAGCCCGAAUUUGCGAGGCCAUCUAGUUAA